AUGUUCAACAGUGUCGCGAUCAUCUACACCUCCCCGUCCUCCUCCUCCAAAGCCGCCAGCCUGGUCUCAACAAUCACCUCCCUCCCCAACACCUCCUCCGCCAUCUCCAUCCAAGCCGACCUCUCGACCCCAUCCGCGCCAGCCUCCAUCGUCUCCCAAACCCUCUCGCACUUCGGGCCCGAGAUCCACAUCCUGGUCAACAACGCCGCCGUCCAAAUCACGCGACCCCUAACCGAGAUCACGCUCGCGGAUUACGAGAGCGUCUACGACGUCAACGUGCGCGGAGUGAUACUGAUGACCCAGGCGGUAUUGCCGCACAUGCCCUCCCGAGGACGCGUGGUUAACAUCUCGAGUGUGGGCGCCAGGGCCGGGUUCGGUGCCUUGUCGCUGUACACGUCGAGCAAGGCCGCCAUGGAAGGGCUGACGAGAUCGUGGGCCGCCGAGUUGGGCGGGAAUGGCACCACGGUUAAUGCCGUCGCGCCGGGGCCCGUGCAGAGUGAGAUGUUGGACAGUAUUCCGAGGGAGAUUGUGAGGAUGCAGAUGGACAAUACGCCGGUGGAAAAGAGAGUAGGGACCCCGAGCGAGGUGAGCAGUGUGGUGAGCUGGCUUGCUGGGCCCGAGAGCGGUUGGGUCACGGGCCAGGUGCUGAAUGUUAGUGGGGGCUGGACCAUGUAUUGA